CAGAUGUGAAACGUAAACAAGGAAUUUGAUCAAAAAAAGACGACAGGUAAGAUAGGUUUCUGACCUUUUCGUCGCAACAAUCAAGCACAGUCGUACAACACCGAAUUUUGCAAAAUCUCCCAGAUGGAGAAAAAGCAAGAAAGUCUAAAGAGACAAGCUGAUUCUGAGCUAGGUGUUUCCAAGGCUUUCAAGAUUGCCAAAGCUAGCGAUGGAUCCAAAGAUGCACAGAAGCCAACUGAAACUGGAGUGUCUUUUAAUAAAAUGGAGCAAGAUCCAAAUUCUUACCGAAUUGAAGUUAGAAAAGAACUUCUUAACAGCUCGAAUGAACAACAAUCUCACCAGCAGGGUUUGCCAUUGGUUCAAGCAGGCAAAAGACCUGCUGAACCUGCCACUGAGGAUAUUCAGAAAGACUCCGAAAGCUGCCUUGCAAAAUCACCAACUCCCCAGAUACAAACUGACAAGUACAAUAAGUUGCUGGUAGAUCACAUGUAUGCCAAGUCUCCAACAAAAGAUGGAUCAACCCCACCAAAAAAAGCCCCAGCGGAAAACCCCUUCAGAAAUACCAAAAUUUACGUGCGAACACCUGCAACAGAAAAAAAUCUUCAAGUACUUUCUGUAGUUGCAACAAAACCUCCUACUUCUAGUGCCUCUGUUCCUUCUACUGCCAGUCAAACUGUUACUCCAGUUGAAAAUUCUUUAGUCAAAGUCUCCCAGCCACUUUCUCUAGCUCAAUCCUCAACAACUAAGAAGAGAUUUGCCCUGAAAACUGUUAGGAAUGGCAAAGUUUGCUAUGUCGUCCCUACUGCAGAGUUUUUAGACAAUGCCAAACUGAGACCUGGAACAAAGCUAAUCAUUAAAGCUAGCUCAAACCUGCAGACAAACUCUACGCUGAAGUUGGAUGAUCAGUUGAAAGAGGAACAAGAACGGGAGCGUCUCCGAUUAGCCGCAAUUUCUACUGCAUCAACCUCUAAAGGAAAAGAGGGUUCAAGCUUGAAUAUUUCUGAAGUGAAAGUUAUUACGAAGAAAUAUCCAGAUUUCCCACUUGAACAAUACUUGACCAGAGACCCCGAAGGCCUGCAGGCGUCUGCAGAGCGGAAGAAAGGAUCUCCAGCCCCAGACAUGAUCUGUGUCAAGCCACAAAGGGUUGCCCGCACCAUUCAAAACAUCUGGUUCGACACUUUCAUUAAAAAGGAGGAUUGCGCCACAAAGGAAGAGGAAUGUGUGGCAACUCUGAUCAACGCUCUGAGUGAAAGCAUCAACAAGUCUAGGUCUUUUGAUGCCACAAUGACGCCCACAUUGGUUCGAAUGCUGAAGAUGAGAGAGGAUGCAAAAAUUGCAAAAUCUUCUUUCAAAAUGGUGAAAACUGGAAACUUUGCCGCUCAGCAGAGAUUGAUAAACCAAGAGAGGAGAAUCAAUGCUCUGGAAAACACAAAGAGAGAAAUGACCGAGAAGCUGAAAAAAUGUCGUCGAAAAGAAGUGUAUUAUGAGAAGCGUUACAAGACUAUGAAGGACGAGGUGGAAAAACUAAAUGCCAAACUGACUGCCAAAUCUUGGGUCAUUGACGAGCUGGAAGGCAAAGUGCCUAAACUGACCUACCUGCUAAUGAGGCGCUUCUUCGAGGACCUAAACAAGGAAGCGCCCCACAAUAGCCAGUACGAGCCCGAGAUCCGCGAGUUCAGCUGUCGGAUGUACAAGGCCUCGUCCAUUGCCUACAAAUAUGUACACUCUGCCUUUAGAAACUGCAUCCCCAACCUCAGGACUGCUAGAGAAUGGUGCAAAAAGGCAGGGGACCAUCAGAAAUCAAUAAUUGAGGAAGUUGUGCAAACAUCCGACUCAAACGAACAAAUUCUGGUUGAACCACGUCGCAUUUUUGCAGAACCAGAGACGCUCGAAGAUACUAUUGCCCAAGUGGCUAGAGGAGAAUUCGGACCGUCAGCCAAUGACUUAGAAAUUGAAACGGCCUCGGAAGUUCCAGUGGUUGUUUACAUGGAACAAGAUUUUGAUUCACAAUAUGUGAUUUCUGAUCACCAUUUCCCUGAAAACUGAUGGUACAAAAUUCCAAUUUUCUGUUCCGCCUUUGAAAGUGAUGUAAUUUUGACACUAAUUUGGAGUGAAAAUGCAAUUUGUUAGUUGAAAGUUU